GAUGGACGACUUUCUCGUUUGGAAUCCGGAAGAAUAUGAAAAUCUUACCCAAAUCGUUUUAACUCCAGAUCUCAUUUGGCUUCCGGAUUUUGGUAUUGAAAAUAGUGCUAAAUCCAUAUAUGACGAAUUGCACUUUAAAAGAUUUAGAGUUAGUAUUCUUCAUAACGGAUUAUUAAAUUGGGUUCCCGGCGGAAAAUUUUUAACUUCAUGCAAACUUGAUAUCACAUUUUAUCCUUUUGACGAUCAGGAAUGCAAUAUUGAUUUUGUUGACUGGGCUUAUCAUGGAUUACAGGUAAAUCUUAUUAAUGGAUCGUCAGAAAUUGGGCUAGAUGCUUAUACAGAAUCAGGAGAAUGGAAAAUUAUAGGGACUAAAGCAGUCAGUGAGGAUCAAUUUUAUGAAAGUGACCCCGGAGUACCUUUUCCCCGUGUCAGAUUUACACUCUUUUUGAGAAGGAAACCUAUGUUUUAUUUGAUAAAUAUUAUAACACCAUGUAUGACUAUGUCCUUACUGGCUUUGUUGGUAUUCUAUCUACCUCCUGACAGUGGGGAAAAAGUUUCUUUAGGGAUUACUGUCCUUUUAAGUUUUAGUGUCUUCCUUUUAUUGGUUGCGGAAAAUGUUCCAAAAACAUCAGAGUUCAUUCCCCUUCUUGGUAAAUAAGUUAUAUUUUAGAAACGACAGAUAUCGG